CAACGCUGCAGUGGACUUUGGUUUCUCCAGGUAAGGGAGUGACUCUUGCCGAACAGCCCAAACGUGUGUAGACAUGGCAAAAUUCCUAUCACAAAAUCAGAUUGAUGAGUUCAAAGAAUGUUUCUCGCUUUAUGACAAGAAGCGAAAGGGAAAGAUUGAGGCAAAAGACCUUAUAACAGUCAUGCGCUGUCUUGGUACAAGCCCCACAUAUAAUGAAGUGGACAGACAUCUGCAAGUCCACAAAAUAGAUAAGACAGGGGAGCUGGACUUUUCUACAUUUCUAACCAUGAUGCACAGACAGAUGCAGCAGGAGGAUCCUAAGACUGAAAUCCUGGAGGCCAUGCGGAUGACAGAUAAACACAAGAAGGGCUACAUUCAGGCCUCUGAGCUCCGGGCCAAACUCACUGGCUUAGGGGAAAAGCUCACAGACAAAGAAGUGGAUGAGCUUUUUAAAGAAGCAAAUGUGGGACGUGAUGGACUUGUUCACUAUGAGGAGUUCACUAGAAUGGUCACACUUCCUACAGUGGACUACUAGUACUAAUGAAGAUCAAUGAGUCAGGCUCUUAUUCUCAAUAAUGCAUUUAUUUACUGAUGUGAAUGAGAUAUUUUUUGUAAUCAUUGUAUAUAAAAAAAAAAACAACCAACAGUUUAAACUAUACAAUAAAAAGUCAUUUGAAUGUUUA